AUCGUGAAAUCGAAAAAAUAAUCCUAUAAUAAUGAGUGUCUUUUUCAAAUAAAACGCGCAAUAUGUUACAAAUGUCACCUGACUGUUUAAUAGAUUUAUAAAAAUCUGCAGAAAACAAUGCAUUUUUAGUAUAUUUUCUAAACAUUAAAAAUAAGCUGUUAGUCGAAAUAUUGAUACUAAAAAUCGGGAUAAUAAAUAUGGAUCUGUAUGGAAAAGACAAGGGCAAUGUAAGUUUACCACCGCGUCUUCAAACGCUCGAUUUUAAGGAAACCAAGACUAAAGGUACCAUUAUUAACACGCAAAAAUGUUUGUAUGAUUUAAAAAUUGCAGAAUCAAAUAAAAGAAUUCAAAGAUUAGAAGAUCGGAAUAAGGAAUUAGAGAAUACUUUAGAAAAUACAAAUAAUUCCAUUAAAAUUUUGCAAGCAGAGAAAGGGAAAGAAAUAUCUAAUUUAAGUUCACAGAUAAAUUCUUAUACAAUCAGGACAGAAGCACAUAAGAAUCAAUUAGCUGUUAUUGAAAAAGCAAGGAUUAAUGAUAAAUUCACUCAUAUUGAAAAAACUAAAAAUAUUGAUGAAAAAUAUAACAACACACGACUCAUGCUCCUUUCACAAAACAAGCUUUUGAGCGCUAAAACUAAUGUUUUGGAAGAUUACAAGUCAAUGCAACCUAUUCUGGAAAAGAAAUUAAAUAUGAAAAAUCAAUAUUUAAUUGUUGAAAAAGAACAGAUGGCAGAGAAUUUGCGUCAAAUUGAAUACAAAUUCAAGAUUGACAGAGAAAAACUCAAAAAAAGUUUAUAUAAUUGUCUCUUGGAUCUGUCUAAUGUUUUUCAAGUAGAGCAACAUAUGCCACGUUCAAUAUCCAAGUUAUUGUCAGAAAAUAUAGCUAUAAGCAAUCAAUUAUUAAUGUUUGUUGAAGACAUGACUCCUAAAAAACAAGAUUGCAUCUUAUAUAAUAAAGAAAAAGAAAAAUAUAAAAGUAAAAUGAACAAUGCGCGUUUGAAUACAAAGCAAUCCAUAAUAAUUACCAAACUAGCAAAAACCUCGAGUGAUAUGUUAUCUGACUUGUGCUAUAAAACAAAUAUUAAAUUAUCCGAACUAGUCAAAUUCGAUCAUCUUCCAGAAGAGCAAUAUGUGGUGAACACAGACAAUGCCAUGAUCAAAGCGCAAAAUCAUGAGGCAACUGUAAAAGAAUUGGAAGUUUUACUUUAUCGCGAGGAAGAGAAACUUACUAUUGCUAAAUAUCAGGAGCAGUGGGUAUCUGAUCAAUUGCAAACACAUUUGCAGAUGCUCUGUGAUGUUAAAUAUGUACUAGCAAAGCUUAAAAUUAAAAAAAUGUGCAAUUGUAAAUGAAAAAAUAAAAUUCA